AUGUUCAAAAUAACUCUAACUAUGGAAGAUAUCGAACAACUAACUCAGUAUUUACAAGGAGAUCGCAAUCGACCCGCUGGUUUAUCUAAGCUCCGAUGGUGUCGAAUUCAAAGAAUUGCCGGCAGAUUUACAAUCCACGGGCGCAAGUUGCACUACAUAUCUGAACAACGCAAGAAAGGACUAAAAGUAAUCGGCAAUGAUGAUACUGUGAGGCUAAAGAACCUCAUCCAAGCUAUACAUAUCAAAGGAAUGCAUGCAUCUACAAAGAAGAUUUAUAAGUCAAUGCGAAAGCAGUAUAUGGGCUUCACUCGACAAACCAUUCUAGGAAUAGGUUUCAGUUGCUCUCUAUGUCAAAAGUCCGCUCCGCCAAAACGAAGCACUCCUGUGCAGAAUAUUAUAUCUAAGCAUCCAAUGGAGCAUCUGCAAAUCGACUGUAUUGAUAUGUGCUAUUGUGCAGAGGCAAACGAUGGAUAUGGAUGGAUUUUGACAAUUAUAGACACAUAUUCUAAGUAUCUAGUAGCUAUGAAAAUGAGGCGAAAAACAGGUGAAAGUGUUGUCCAGUGUCUGGAAUUCUACUUUAUGAUGUUAGGCUGUCCACGGAUAGUACAAAGCGACAAUGGCAGCGAGUUUGUUAAUGUCGAAGUUAAAGGUCUUAUGAAGCGGUUGGGCAUUGAGUACAGGCACGGCCGUCCUCGACAUCCACAAAGCCAGGGCCAAGUGGAGCGAGCCAAUCAAACCCUAACUCGAAGUCUGUUCAAAAAUACACCACGUGACAACCCUACCCGUUGGAUUGAUGUGCUGAAUGCUGUUAUUAUCGCCUACAAUAAGGAUUGGCAUCGAGCCAUCAACAAAGCGCCUAUAGAUGUACUUUAUGGCUACCCGGCAUCCGAACCUUAUCCAGUCCUGGAUGAUGAGUGCCAAAAGGCCUAUGACCAAGAAGUCGACCGGAUAUUCCGUUGUGAGAUAGAAGGAGAUUCACCCGAUAACCCAGUUUUUGAAUGGAAUAAACCAGUAGAGCACCCAAACAUAGUGUUUGUGCCAGUGAAGAGAGUUCCCGUGGAGGAGCGGAUAAAUCCUAGCUAUCAAAAGAAGUACUUGACUACGAUGAACCGGGCUAGUAAUGCUCGUAUAAAGGCAAAGGAGUUCGCUUCUGGAGAUAAGGUUUGGAUCGCCAUG